GGCAUUUCGCCGGUCGUCCGAUAUGGUCACACUCGCCCACUCAUAAGAAAAGACACCCAAAAUUGAAAAUGGAAAAGCAUCAUCGCCUGCCGCUCCCUGAAUUGCACGACGACAAACACAGACACAAACAGUGCAAUGGCGAGAACAGCAAUCGCUUCCGGCCGCCGAAGUACAAGACGCGUGGCUACGUCGCUGUGGACAACAACAAUCUGAACCGAAGCCAAUCGCUGGGGUCCUGCAGCGCCAACAGUUCACAGAUCGCCCACGCGAUCUCCUUCCGAGACGCCGGGUGCCUGGAUUCCAGUAUGCUGCCCUCGUCGCCAGUCCAGGCAGAACUGAGCACCCUUUCCAUGUCACACUUCGAGCAGUGCUUCGAAAGGCUGGCCAAACUGGGCGAGGGAUCCUUCGGCGAAGUGUUCCAGGUGCGCGACCGAUCCGACGGGCGGUUAUAUGCGGUCAAGAUCUCCAAGCAGCUGUUCCGCGGCGAACAGUACCGUGCGGAGCGUCUGGAAGAGGUCCGGCGGUAUGAAGAGUUCUCCGGCCAUGAGAACUGCAUCCGGUUUAUCCGCGCCUGGGAGCAGUACGACCGGCUGUACAUGCAAAUGGAGCUGUGCCGCGAAAGCCUGGAGCAGUACUUGCUGCGCUGCCAAAGGAUACCCGAGGAGCGCAUCUGGCACAUCUUGCUAGAUUUGCUUAGGGGACUUAAAUCGCUGCAUGACCGGAAUCUCAUCCAUUUAGACAUUAAACUGGACAAUGUACUGAUCGGCGAGGACGACGAGACGUGCAAAUUGGCGGACUUUGGGCUGGUCAUCGAUGUGGACAGGGCCAACAACCAUCACGCGACGGAAGGAGAUUCGAGGUAUAUGGCUCCAGAGAUCCUGCAGGGUCACUUCUCCAAGGCUGCGGAUAUUUUCAGUCUGGGCAUCGCCAUGCUAGAGCUGGCGUGCUACAUGGAUCUUCCUUCCAACGGCCCGCUGUGGCACGAACUAAGGCACGGCAUCCUGCCCGAGGAGUUCAUAAACAAAAUAUCACUGGAGCUGCAGUCGGUAAUAAAGUCCAUGAUGAUGCCGGAUCCUGCGCAGAGGCCGACGGCCGAUCAACUACUCUCACAUCCCAAGCUGCAGCACCUGCAAAAGAAGCGCAAGUCGCUGAUGAACUUGAGCAUGCUGUCGCGUAGUUUUAGGCGAUCCCGUCGCGCCGUAUGGGGAAGAAUGUGCAAUUGGAAAACGGCCGCCUUUCGUUAUCUUCUAUACUUUCUGGAGGUCCUGCAUCUAUGUAAGCCCAUAACGGCCUCACAGCCCAACAUUAACUUAGUCCCCCCGUCGCCUUCGUCAAAAGGAGUGCCUUUGGUGCCUCAGGUGGAGUUCCAGCUGGUAGGAUCCACACCCAUUGCCAAUCGUGACUGCUAUGCCUCCGACUUCCUUUCCGGCGAGGACCCGCUGGACCUAUCCAAUCAGGGUACCCCCAACGUAAUAAAUUCCACGCCAUUGAACACAAACCAGGGCAAAUCCCGUAUGGAUUUGCUAAAGAAUAAUGUGGAUUCGAUGGGCAGGUACGUUCAGGUACACGAUUUCGAAAGUCCGUGCUCCGCCAUGUCUUCCGCCAAGGUCCUCGACACCUCAUCGUUCCGACGCAAAAAACUCUUCGUCCUGGAAUAUGACGACGAGUGAGUACGAUGCCAGAGAGCAACGUAAACCGAAUGAAUUUAUGAUACACCCAAUAUAUAUCAGUUACAAAACGAA